AUGGCAGAGGGAGCACUGAACGACCAAAGGGAGCACACAGCGAUCUGCUUCAAGGCCUUUAUGCUCAAGAAUAGUACAAAAAGCAACCUCAACCUCUAUGACCAUCUUUCACGAUUACUGACCAAGGUGAUGGAUGAGCGUCCAGAAAAUGUGGUUGACAUAAUUGAAGACAUGAGCCGUGAGGUGAAGCAGGAAUUGCUGCAGGACAAGCAGAGCACCUUGAGAGACAUGCCACUGGCAACGGCUGCACAGCUCUUGGCUGAGCAGCAGAGGUUACUGUUUUCACGGAGAGGGGGUGAUGAUGGAGAACAAGAGGAGGAACUGGUAGAAACACCGCUCCCCAAUGUGAGUGAGCUUGGCUUCUUCCUGGAGCAGGCUGGAGUGGGACUGGGUAGAGAGGAGAUGCUGAGGGUCUUCCUGGCACUCAAGCAGCUGGUGGAUUCCCAACCACUAGUGCGCUGCCGACUUUGGGGCAAGAUCCUGGGCACAGAGGGCAACUAUCUCGUUGCUGAGUGCGAGUACAGAGAGGGGGAGGAGGAGGAAGAGGGUAAUGAGGAAACAGUGGAAGACGAGGAAAGAGAUGGAGAACCUCGGGAUGAUGAUGAGGAAGCUGAUAUUGAUACGCUCCCAAGAUCCACCUUCAAGCCCCCGCCUGUGGUGCCAAAGGAGGACAAUCGCACAGGUGUGAACAAGUUUACUUACUUUGUGUGCAGAGAGCCCGGCCUUCCCUGGGUGAAGCUGCCCACUGUCACUCCCACCCAGAUCACAGCCGCACGCCACAUCCGCAAAUUCUUCACAGGGAGACUGGAUGCCCCCAUCAUCAGCUAUCCUCCUUUUCCUGGCAAUGAGGCCAACUAUUUGCGAGCCCAAAUUGCUCGAAUCUCUGCCGGCACACAGGUCAGUCCCCUCGGGUUCUAUCAGUUUGCAGAGGAGGAAGGUGAGGAGGAAGAGGAGGGAGCCCGAGACAGCUUUGAAGAGAAUUCUGACUUUGAGGGAAUUCCUGUUCCUGAAAUGGCAGAAUCUCUAUCCACCUGGGUGCAUCAUGUCCAGCACAUCCUUCAACAGGGUCGCUGUGUGUGGGUGAACCUGGCUGACAAGCCUGAGGAUGACUUUGAGGAGGAAGCAGAUGAAGAGGAGAAGGAGGAGGAGCCUGAUGAGCCUGAUCCAGAGGUGGGGCCUCCCCUCCUCACUCCACUCUCUGAGGAUGCAGAGACUACCAACACCCCUCCCUGGAGCUCCAAGAUGUCCUCCACCCUCAUCUCUCAGUUUGCUAUUGCAGUGCUGCGCUCAAACCUCUGGCCAGGGGCUUAUACUUAUGCCAGUGGAAAGAAGUUUGAGAACAUCUACAUUGGUUGGGGCCUGAAAUUUGCAGGGGAAGGGUACAUCCCAACUGUUCCAACAAUGCCCCAGAGAGAAUACCCCAGUGGGCCAGAGAUCACAGAGUCCCUGGACCCCAGUCUGGAAGAAGAGCAGGCCCUGAAAGCAACCCUGGAGGAGCAGAGGGCUGCCCAAGAAGAGACAGAGGGCCUGGGUGAGGACGAAGAGGAGGAGGAAGAAGAGGAUGAUUAA